AUGCAAGCCAAGGAGCAGGCCGAGUUGCCCAUCUGGGAGGAGCCCGAGGAAGAACUGCAGAGCUCCAAGGUCGACGCCAUCGGCGAACCGCUCACUGAGCUAGUUGCCUAUCUGACCGAGAUGGCCGGCGACGAGGACAGGAGCGAGCUGCAGUUCAGGAAGCUCACGGCGCAGGCCGUCGAGAGGGUGAAGGUGCUCAACGCCUUUUUCGAGGAAAACAAAGAGUCGCCCUACUACCGCCCGCUUUUGCCGCUGUGGGAGGCCCUCAAGAAACAGACCUCCAACCUCAUCCGCAUCGUCAACCUGCACUCCCUCAAGGAAGCCGUGGAAAGUGCGUUGGGCGUGGUGGAUUCGCUGGCGACGAACAUCCUCGGCUACGCGCGUUCCAUCGAAGAGAAGAUUGACUACCCGAAGGACAAGCGCAUUCCCGUCGGCAUCAUCACCGGAUUCCUUGGCAGCGGCAAGACAACGCUCCUCAACUACAUACUGAACGCCAACCACGGCAAGCGGAUCGCGGUGAUUGAAAAUGAGUUCGGAGGUAAACUAUGCUACUUGUUGAGCGUGCACCGAUCCAAGGGCGAGGUGGGAAUCGACGAUUCGCUCCUGCAGGACAAGUUCGCCGCCAACGAGGAGAUCUUCCAGAUGAACAACGGUUGCAUUUGCUGCACCGUGCGCGGUGAUCUGAUCCGCAUCCUGCGCGAGCUCGUCAAGCAAAAGGACAAGUUCGACUAUGUGCUGAUCGAGACUACGGGCCUGGCGGAUCCCGCGCCGAUCGCGCAGACCUUCUUCAUGGACCCCAAGCUGAGCCUCCAGUUCGUGCUGGACGGAAUCAUCACCGUCGUCGAUGCCAAGCACAUCCUCCAGCAUCUCGACGAGGUCAAGCCCGACGGUGUGGAAAAUGAGUCGGUUGAGCAGGUGGGCUUCGCUGACAGGAUCCUGCUGUCGAAGCUGGACCUGGUCGACGCCGAGUGCGAGCAGGCGGUCAGGAAGCGGCUGGCGCAGAUCAACGCCGCCGUGGAGAUCAUUCCCGUGAACAAGGGCGUGGUCGACCUCGCCAAGAUUCUCAACAUCAAGGCCUUUGACCUCGACAAGAUCCUCGACAUGGACCCGCAGUUCCUUCUCGACCAGGAGCACCAGCACGACCAGUCCGUCUCCAGUGUCGGCCUGACCAUCGAGGGCGAGGCGGACAUGGACAAGAUCAACUCCUGGCUGGGGAAGACGCUGCGGACCAAGGGCAACGACAUCUUCCGCAUGAAGGGCGUCAUCGCCGUCAAGGGGUGGAAGGAGAAGUUCGUUUUCCACGGCGUUCACAUGAUGUUUGAGGGGAGCCAGAUCGGCAAGUGGGCCAAGAACGAGAAGAGGGAGAACCGACUGGUCUUCAUCGGGCGAAACCUGGAUCGAGAGGAGCUCUGGGCUUCCUUCAAGGCCUGCUUCGAGCACUGA